UUUGAAAUAGUAAACUUUCGGACCCUCACCAUGAUGUAUAGUUAGUUUUUUUUUGAAAUAUGUAAAAUUUAGGCUACACCAAGACAUUUGGUAAUCGGAAAAUGCCUAGUACAACGAAUAAUUAAUAACAACGUGAAGAAUAUUUUUUAAUAAAAAAAACGAGGCAUUAUAUCAAAAUUUAAGAUGACCACACAAUAACUAAUUAAACCACCACGAUGCCGACCUCAAAGCAACUGUUAUACAGCUAUUCCGUACCAAAUGUGAACUUGAUGUACGUUUGCCUCGUGGGCAACAUUACCCCAGGAAACCCGGGCAAGUCCAAUGUUGGCUGUGAGUCGAGAGACAGUCGACCGUCGCUUCACAUUAUUGACAAUGUUAAUGAAGAGGUUGGCACCAUUAAAGACAACGACGUUGGAAUAGAAGUCCAAAGAUCCGUAGCGUUCCACGAACUUAUCGAGAGCUGUGGGAAACUUGGGAACAUAGAAUAUUUUCCCGAAAAAAUCGAGCAAACAGCAUCUGACACAAUUCCUCUGCCACCCCAAAAGGAAGAGGACGGGAAGGACGAGAAUAACUGUGGUAAUCCAAAAAUUCUGAGUCUAACCAAAACCAAGUGGCUCAGUGAGAGUCGAGAUGGAUCUCCUGACGCAAGAGAGACAUUGAUGCAGUCUACGUCAGAAAGCUCGGUCGGAGAUCUGCCUGAACAUCACUCUACCCAUAAAGCCCUAUGCACGGUCCUAGCCUUGGACAAGGAACACAAUCUGUUCGGCAUGUCUAACACUUACAUACCGCUGGAGAACCCGAAAACCUGGAAAAAACUGCCCAAGGAUAGCGACAGUAAAGCUGUCUUCCAUCAGACUGCCAUCGUUCAAGCUUGUUAUAAAACGUGGUGUAGACGUAAGAGCAAAACAGACUUACCAUCAUCAUUGAAGUGCGGAUGCUGCAAGUCAAAAUGUUCCUGCGCCAAAUGUCGCUCAUGUACCAGUUGCACGACGCUAAUAUGCCGAUCCUCCUCCACGUGUGUCAUCCCCUGCACCACUCCUUGCUCAGUGCCGUGCGGGUCAUCUUGUGUGCUGGCGUGUCCGUUGUAUUGGUCCGGCACCGGCUGGUGCAGCAGCUGCUUGCCUGCUUGCGGUAUCACGCCUGCUUGCAGUAAAGAAUGCCCACGAUUUGGAUUUCAGGUGUCAGUCAUCAAGAAGCCAAAAUAUGAUCCGGUAUAUACGGAAAUCGAGCCAAGAUCGAGCUGUGUUCUAGCAAAACCAUUGCUCGCCCGCCGCUGUAACCACCGCCCCCGCUGCAUACCACCUUCCGAAUGCUUCCCGUGCCUCAUGCCGUGUUACUGGCCCUCGCGCUCCGGGGCCCCGUGUAGUGAGCCGUCGCAAUGCUUCCACAAUCCGCCGUGCCCGAGGGGCCGGACGCCGAGGGGCAAAGUGCAUCCGCUAGAACUGUGUCCUCGUGGCCAGCCAUGCGGCGGAAAAGACGCAAAAUGUGAAAACUAUUCUUGUAUUGGGCGCAACAAUGAAGCAUUGGCAAAAGCGUUGGCUAAUUUAUAGCAAGGUCUAAGAAACUGGAUCACAAAAAAAAAUAAGAUUUCAAUCAAUAUACUUUUAUAAACAUUUACAAUUUCAAAAUAAACUAUAGUUCAAAAUCUCUGGAUA